GAACCAUUCGAUGAUGAGGAAAUGCCACACACAUCCCAAUUAUCCCAAGAAUCUGGAACCUCACGUGAUCCUUUAUCCAUGAGCUUGGACGAACAUGAGUUUGCUCAUUAUUUGCCUGCGGAAAAAAAAUUUAACAACUGA